UUAAAUAAUCUGGUUUAAAGUGUUUAUCUACAAAGCGUUGUUUUGUGCAGUUUAAAAUAAUCAAUACACUCAUAACCCAAUAGUCAGGUGACAGUGUACAUAGUGACACUGUUUACUCCUAUCAUACAAGCGCCAUUUGACGGUUAACUUGGUUGCUGUUCAGUUUGAAAUUUCGUAUUACUUGCCUGUUUUUAAUAACAUUGUUUGUGUGUUUUCUGUGAUAUUCAUUGUACACAUGCUUGUAAAUAAAUAUUACAAUUGAUUUAAGAUUGUAAAAUCUUGUUUGUUGAAAGGGAAUUAUGAAAAUGGCGACAUCGGCAAUUUCAAGACAUUCACACAAAAAUGAAAAAUUAACAGCAUUGUGUAAUAGCCAUAGUGAGUUGUGCUGCUCCAGAUCUGUUGAGCUUAAUCACAGAUCCUGAUUUAUACUGAAGGAUUAGCUGCUUUUUGAAUUCUCGUCUGCAUGUAUUUCAUAAAGGACUGAAAAGCAUUCCUACAUUAUUAAAAGAAGUGAACUGUGAACUAUCUUAUUUAUGAUGUCUUGUUUAUUGGGAUACAACACAGCCGUAACCAUCCGGGUUACAGAAUUAUAGACUAUUUUAACAGAAUUAUACUUUAACUACAUGUACUUUAACAUGUAAAACUUCAUACACUAGAGUAUCAAAUUGGCGGCAGGUUCAUUGUCAAAUGUUGUGAAACGUUGGCCUAUGGUUGAAAAGUUUUAUCGCACAUCUUGUGUUUGAAUUUAUCUGUGUUUCAGUGUUAAUUUUAACUUCUAAGGUUGAUAAACUUUUGGAACUAGCUUUAUUUCUUUCAUAUUUCACAAGAAAUAUACUUGAACAAUUUGAACAAAAAGGUUUUAACAUUAUAAACAGUAACAAAAUGGCAACAGGUUCAUUGUCUUCGGUUCCAAAACGUUUGCGUAUGGUUGAAGACUUUUCUUGCACACGUUGCUUAGAGCAGAAUCUUACGGAAUCUGCAGACAUUUAUUGUGAAAAAUGUUUAAGGUUUUAUUGUAAAAAAUGUGUUAUCCUGCAUAGUCAGUUUUUUACAAUACAUAUGACAUGUGGAAGGGAGGAUAUUAAGAAAUGGCCAGUUUCUAAGGCGGUAGAAGAUUUUCUCAGGAAGUGUGAGGUGCAUGAGGAUGAAACACUGACAAAGUUUUGCCAUUUCCACAGUCAGCUGUGCUGCUCUUCAUGUGUUGGAACAAUUCACAGCAAGUGCAGUAAAAUGACCCCGAUUUCAGAGCUGACCAACACGCAGCCCACAGACCUACAGGGACUGUCAGUGGAGCUGGAAACUGUCAUGGGGGGAAUCAAAAGCCUACAGAUAAAUCAGGAGGCCAGUGUUCAGUCAUUGCAGAGAACAUACAAGGAACAUGGGGCAGUCAUGAUAGAACAAUUGCAUGGCAAUUUAAGUACUAAUAUAGAUAAGUGUUUUAAUAGUUCUGUGGGUACAUCGGGCAAUAAUUUAAAAGAAGAAAUGUGUUGGAGUGUUCUUUCUAUUUUGAAUGAAUUUGAUAAUAUUACUGUGAAGGAACUAAAUGAUAUAAAAGAGGAAGUUAUAAGCAUAAAAGGGUCAGUUACAAGUUCUAUUUAUAAAUGCACCAGUCUUCACAAUGACUUGUCACAAUUCCAUGAAAUUGUUCAGAAAAUUGGAGAUAAUAAGGAGCUCUGCCUUAUAGCCAGCAUAAAAUGUAAGCAUAUAAUACAGCAGGCACUGACUCUGCUGGGGAAGUCAGGCAAGGUGUUUAAUGUCCAGAGUAUUACUAAGCAUAAUGUGAGAAUACCAAGUGAUAAAGGUGUAUGUCAUAUCAGAGGCAUAUGUGUUCUUCCCCAUGGGCAGGUACUGGUUGUAGACUGGAAUAAUGACAAUGUCAAGCUGCUGAACCAGCAGUACCAGGUGGUGAGUCACUGGGAUGUGAAAGCUGAGCCAUUGGACAUUUGUUUGAUCACACCCAGUGAGGUUGCAGUGGCUGUGAAUACUAGUAACAUACAUGAGGUCCAGUUUAUCACUGUCAACCAGGGAAAGCUUGUUUCUGGCAGGAAGUUUCAGUUACAACAUGAAUGUACAUUUAUUACCCAUCACCAAGGAGACCUUUUUGUCACCUCUGGUCAAGAACUGUACAAAUACUCAUUGAAUGGCAAACUGAUCUGCAGACUCUACCAAGAUAGGUCAUCUGUUUUUGCAGUAUUCAAGUGUGCUGUGAGUCCCACAGGAGACAGGCUGUACAUCACUAACUGGAACCAGUACAAGCUUCUCACCCUGGCCAGGGAUGGCACACUCCUGGCUACAUACUCAGACCCAGCACUAGUGGUCCCAUGGGGUCUACAUGUGACACCUGCAGGCCAGGUGCUGCUGGUCUGUGGAGCCAGGUCGCACACUGUACUACAGGUGGGCUGGGAGGGGAAGAGUAAGCUGGCUACGCUGGCUACUGAGGAGGAUGGAGUGAGGUACCCAUGGUCAGUCUGCUACAGCAGCACCACAUCAUCAAUCAUUGUGGGACAGAAGUGGGACGACAACAUCCUGGUGUUCAGAGUGGAAUAGUGUGUACAUUCGCUGCCGAGUCAGGACAAGGAUGCUGAGGAUGUGGUGGACAAGGAUGACCUGAAUACACAGAAGCUGACACUAACAAGGAAGAUAAUUAAAAAUCUGCACCAGCAGUGGGGUUUGCCUUUAAGUUGCUGUUUAAUCAAUGACACUAACAAGGGAGAGAAUUGAAGAUCUGUAUCAGCAGAGAGCACCAGCAUUGAUAUGUAGUUAGCCCAGCAACAGCUCCAGUCCGGCCUGCAGGAGCUCCAGUCCAGGGCGACCCUUCUUCUCUCCUGACCCCAAGCUACUCCCCUAAACCUCCGGCCUCAAAGGGUCAGCAGUGUUUAACAAUUCCGUUCUGCAGGAAAUUCUGAGCACGUCAAAAUUUCAUAUGCUGUUCUCAACUACCGCUAUGUCCGUGUCGAAUUUCCCACACUCGCAUCUGAGUAGUUUUGUUUAGCUGGAGUGCCCGAGUGGGACGAGUGCUAAAGACACCAGGAGUUAUAGCAGUAGUUUUGGUAACGCUAACAGUCAGUUCGCGCUGUUGGACAUCACGAAGAAUGACCAGUUUAAUAACAUGUUCCAUUUUUUUAUGGGACGAACAGAAAUUCAGCAAAGAAUUUGAGAAAAUCAAGAAACAAAUCAAGCCAUAAAUUCAACAGUGUUACCUUGCUAAGGGGAAUACUUUUGAUGUUGAUAGUUCGGGCAACAGUAGCUGCAGGUGCAAAAGUGUCCUAAGAGAACGCACUUUUGACGCUAAUGCUGACGAAGAAAGGCAGUAAUGACUAGGUUGUGAAAAUACAGAACACGAUACAUCAAUGAGGUGUGUUCUUCUGGCGCGAAAUCCACGAAAUAUUGGAAACACUCUGCUAAAAGCGAACACGUGCGGUUUUGUUACAAGAACUUGACACUCCGAGCCCAAAGGGCAUCGUAUUGAUUCGAGGCUAAAGAAGGCCUCGAAAUAUGACAGCAUUUUUGUUGUAUGAUCCAGUACGCCAUUCGACGCUCAACCGAAGUUAAUCAGAACUCAAACUCAAUCCUUAACAAUAUCAGCGAGGCCAGCGUGUCAUCUCAGCUUGUUGAGCUUCAGCAAACAUGAGCCAACAAGACAAACAUUAUUGUACAAUCCCGACCCCCUUUUGCAAAAAUAUUACAACUCUCUCAAGAAAUUCAGCACGAAAUCCUCUUGUGUCAGCCUUACAUGCUUCCUAUCAAGAUAUUUUCCCAUGUUUGCUUCAUCAACACUUCCAACAGCGGAUCCUUGGUAAUUUAGACUUCCGUUCCAGCGUGGAUGGGGCUUAGCAAUAAAUUGAUGCUGGGCAACGGCAAAGUGUUCGGGACGAGUCGCUCGAACGGAAACGAUCUGACCCAACAGAUAGCUUAUAGUGAUUUGUCAAUUAAUGUGAAUGACCUCGAUAUGUUGCUUUUAAAUAAUGCGAACCUUACACCAGAAGAACAGUCUGCGAGCAAUUAAGGCCAUUUAACAACCGUUGUUGUCUGGAAUUCACGGCUUUGGGUUGACGAAUUUGGCUUUGGGUUGACGAAUUUGGCUUUGGGUUGACGAAUUUGGCGUCAGGACUUGCUCUAUCUCUGUCUACGGCAGCAGCAGCAGAAACAACAAAAAAACAGAUUGGUAACCAGCUGUACAACAGGCUCUCUUGCCAGCUGGGCCCAGACACCCAGGGACACUUCCUUCGCAUGGGUGGUGUUGGGUGGCUCUUGGCGAAGGACUUUUGGGCAGUUCAACGUGUCCUACUCGCAGAGUGCAGCCAAUCUAAACAUGGGGCUCCACAUUUUCCUGGUCAAGAUUACCUUAUCCAAAUAGUAGAUUGGUAGUGUAAUUUACUUUGUAUUAUGUGCAGUUGUUUUACUCCAAAUUUCAAUUCAAAUAGUUUGUGUGUGUUAUAUAUUGAUAAUACUCUCUCAUGGGUGCUAACUUAAAAAAUCAUCAGGUAAUCGUAAAUAUUUGUAUUGUUUUGUAUUGCCUUGAAAGUGUGUAAGGGGGGGGGGGGGCUUUAAGAUUUAUCCUUGUCAGUAAUUCUAUCUGUCCUUGCUUCCAUCAUUCCCUAUGUCCAACCCACCUUUUUGUUGUUGAACUGCACUUAAUAAAUAUUGGUUUCAGAGGGAUGAAACAUGUCAGAAUCAAGUGUAUAGUAUAUAGAUGGCUAUGUUUGUAUCAAGUCUUUGGUGUAUAUCCCAUUUGUAUCAAAAGCCUACAAACAUGAUGUAUUUCUUAUAAAUGUUUUACUUAAACAACAUUGAUUGACUUCCAAUAUAACUGAUACAAUAUCAGAAUGUUUUGAAUAAUUUGGUUUACAUGGGACACAUUUAUGGGAUGCGCUAAGAUUUUUUAAUCUGUUCGCAGAAGCCUUAUCCUCAAAAGUUCAGGUCCAAAGAAAGAUGGUGACCAACUGCAACUCAGCCACUUCAUCUCAAUAGGACAACAUGCCAGUGAACAAUGCACCCUUCCUAAACCCUCGCCGACUGCGCUAAACGGGAACCUUAAUAUACAUGAGAUUCCAGGCGGAAUGUAAAAUCUGUACCACUCUGAUCUCCAGUAGCAGCCCCAGCCGUGGGAGGCAGAUUCAUGAUGCACCUAUGGCCUUAAUUAUCUCUGAACAUCCCAACCUCACAUGACCUGUAGGGCGGGGAUGUAUAUAAAUGAUCAUUAAAUCCCACAAACCAAGGAGAGGUUAUAUUGGAAUCAAUUUUAUGUAAGUUGGUCAGUUAGAGGGGCGUUUCGUCUGAAUUUUAUGUAAAUAUAUUUUUACCUCACCAAAUCUACAUUUCUAAAGGGAUUAAGUUAAAACUUCAAUCAUGUGAACCCCAUGAAGUCUGGAUUGAGAGUUAGUGGUGAUUUUGUGACAAAGCUCUAACUAAGUAUUGGUCAAGUCACUGUCUUGCAUAAAAAUAUUUUACUGUUUCUGUAUCUCACUAUACAUGGGAAUUCAGAGGUUGUUAUACUUAUAUUUGAUUCAGGGG